AUGGAGACCAGAGACAACACUCAAAGUACUUUACAAGAAGACCACCUGCAACCUGCCACCUCUGCCGAGGAGGCCCAGCGGACCUCCACAGACCUCCUGCUCACAGGACGAGAGCAGGAGGUGACCGAAGGCAACAAGCGGGAGAAAGAUAAACAGGUGGGUCCUGAGGAGGAGAAAAAUAGUGACCAGGAGGUUGAGGAGAAAAUGAGUUACCACAAGAAGGGAGAGCGCGACCAUGAUGAAAAGGAGAAAAAGAGCUACCAGGAGGAGGAGAAAAUGAGUUACCACAAGAGGGGAGAACAGGACCAUGAUGAAAAGGAGAAAAAGAGCUACCAGGAGGAGGAGAAAAUGAGUUACCACAAGAGGGGAGAGCGCGACCAUGAUGAAAAGGAGAAAAAGAACUACCAGGAGGAGGAGAAAGUGAGUUACCACAAGAAGGGAGAGAGGGACCAUGAUGAAAAGGAGAAAAAGAGCUACCAGGAGGAGGAGAAAGUGAGUUACCACAAGAAGGAAGUGAGGGACCAUGAUGAAAAGGAGAAAAAGAGCUACCAGGAGGAGGAGAAAGUGAGUUACCACAAGAAGGGAGAGAGGGACCAUGAUGAAAAGGAGAAAAAGAGCUACCAGGAGGAGGAGAAAGUGAGUUACCACAAGAAGGAAGAGAGGGACCAUGAUGAAAAGGAGAAAAAGAGCUACCAGGAGGAGGAGAAAGUGAGUUACCACAAGAAGGGAGAGAGGGACCAUGAUGAAAAGGAGAAAAAGAGCUACCAGGAGGAGGAGAAAGUGAGUUACCACAAGAAGGAAGAGAGGGACCAUGAUGAAAAGGAGAAAAAGAGCUACCAGGAGGAGGAGAAAGUGAGUUACCACAAGAAGGAAGAGAGGGACCAUGAUGAAAAGGAGAAAAAGAGCUACCAGGAGGAGGAGAAAAUGAGUUUCUUUGUGACGAAAAAGGAAGGAAAAGAGGAUGGCGUGGAUGAACACUAUGAGGAGAAGGAGGUGGAGAAAAGGACAUACCACAGGGAGAAAGAGGGGGACCAUGAGGAGGACGAAAAAGAGCGUGACGAGGAGGAGGAGGGAAAAAGUUGCCACCAGAAGGAGAAUGACGAGGAGAAAGAAGAAAACAAGAGUGAUCCGGAGGAGGGGGAGCGUGAUCAAGAGGCGGCGUGGCACCAGAAGGCGGAGGAGAGUGAUGAACAGGAGAGUGGCCAGGAGGAGGAGGAGAGUGAUGAAGAGGAGAGUGGUCAGGAGGUGGAGAGUGAUGAAGAGGAGAGUGAUCAGGAGGUGGAGAGUGAUGAAGAGGAGAGUGAUCAGGAGAAGGAUAAUGAUCAAGAUGAGGAGAGUGACCAGGAGGAGGAAAAGAAGGACAAGGAGAAAGAGCGUGACCAAGAAGAGGAGGAGAGUGACAAUGAGGAAGAGGAGGAGCAAAGCGACCAAGGGGAGAAGGAAACCGGGAGUGACUAUAAGAAGGACGAGGAGGAGGAGAGUGACGAUGAUGACGAGAGUGGCCAGCAGGAGGAGGAGGAGAGCAACCAUGAGGAGAAGAGAAAUGAGGAGCAGGAGGGCGACAAUGAGGAGGAAGAGGAGGAUAAAGACAGUGACCGUGAAAAGCAUAGCGAGCAAGCAGAAGAGAAGGAAGACGUGGAGAAUGGAGUGACGUAAUAUGGUGCCCAGCAGCCGGGAAGUUGCACUGCUGUGCUUCGUACACUAGAGGGCGUCCGUACACCGCUGUGCCUCCACAAUACAAUGGGCGAGGCUUCCCCACUGACGACCACCGCGCUUCCAGUUUGGAG